AUGAAAGGUUUCUUCUGCUGUGUCAAAGGAGAAAGCUCAAAUAGCGCAGCGCAGAAUCAAGUGUUUGACGACGAACCAUCUGGGCGAAACGAGUUCCUCAAUCGUAUUUGGAGAGAUGAGCUCCAGAUCCCUCAAAGUCCUGGAGUUGAAGAUCCGAAUGCUAUUCUUUUCCCUAUAAACCCACCUCUACCUGCCAAUUGUGGACCAUCAUACCAAUGGCGCGAGAUCUUAGACGGAACCCUAAACUUCCGGCAAACGUGUUUACUCGGCAGAGGCAACUUCGGCGAUGUCUAUCGCUGCGAAUUCAGAAGAACUAACCAGGUUGGAGCUGUGAAGAUUCAGAAUCGAGACAAUCCAGCAGGUCAUCAAGAGUUCUUGGCAGAGGUUACAACGUUACAUGAAGCUAAUCACCCAAACGUGAUUAAACUUCUUGGAAAAUGUUACGGCCGCAGAAACCGUGCUAUUGUUUACGAGUUCAUGCCCAAUGGCUCUCUUGAACGCCACAUCUUUGAUUACGCGAGGCAGCGUCAGAGAGUGCGACCUCAGGGUAUAGAUCAGCCAACUAGGCGUUUGGAUUGGGAGACGAGGAUGAAAAUUGCCGUGGGUGUAGCUGAAGGUCUGCUUUAUCUACACCAGGAGCUCAAAGUAAUAAACCGAGAUGUCAAGGCCGGGAAUAUUCUCCUUGAUGCGGAUUUUGUGCCGAAGCUGACUGAUUUUGGGCUGGCUACUAAAGUCAAAGUAAAUAAAAAAGGCGUUGAGAAGGAGAGGAAGAUCGAUCUGAUGAAGGGAACUCCAGGAUACAUCGCACCGGAAUCAGAGUACUCCAAGUUGGUUUCGACCAAGUCCGACGUCUAUAGCUAUGGGGCUUUCCUGUUAGUGCUUUUCACCGGAAGGAAACCUUUUAUUCCUAACCAAGUACCUGCUGAGGCCGAGAAACAUAAAAUCACUAAUUGGUUUCUGCGUGUAUGGGGUAGAUUUGGGAAUGCGUCUGAGUCUGUGAUGACAGCUGAUACUGCGCUCGGCAAUAGAUUUUCGGUUGAAGGUUUAAGGAGAAUAUUUGAGACUGCAUUUAUGUGUAUAAAGGAAGAGCCACGUGCACGCCCUGCCAUGGCUGAUGUAGUACAGAUGGUUCUUGGAGCUGCAAAUUUCCCGGUUCAAGUGGUGCCUCUGCUGGAAAUGAGCCAUACGAUAUAA